AAGGAUUCUAUCAGAUUUGCGAAUUAUUACCGGUUAUUGAGAAAUUGGUAAUGUAUUAUAAUGGUGACAGACAUCGACGACGUCAAUUCCAAAAUAAGGUAAAGAAUUAAGUUGUGACAUGUAGCUGCCGGGUAAUGACAAUUAUUCAAUAUAUCAAAACAAAACUAAUCGCUGCUACUUGAAGUAGAAAUAAAUAGAUGCUAAAUUCCACAUUUCAUUAUAUGAAUUUAUGGAUCACACAUUUAACUACUUGUUUUACAUUCUGUCGGCGUUUUUUGGUGGCUCCCUAAUUUUUCUAGUCGGCUUCUUUCCGGUGUCUCAGAAUCUCGGAACAAUUGGUAGUAAUUAUGGAAACUCAUCACCCUUAUCAUUACACGAUAAACGCCUUUCUGUACCAAAUCUGCAACACGAACAGGUGAUUUUGAUGUUAAUCGAUGCCUGGCGUUCCGAUUUUGCGAAUGAGACAAAUAUGCCUUACUCGCACAAAAAAGCAUGUAGCCAUAUCAAUAUUAAGGUUAAUAUCCCUACAGUGACUAUGCCCAGGUUGAAAACAAUUACCACUGGAACUAUAUCAAAUUUCAUUGAUAUAAUCCUGAAUUUGGGUAAUACCGAAAAGUUGUCAGACUCUCUUUUGCAUCGUGCGAACACAAAAGGUAAACGAACCGUAUUUGCUGGCGAUCAAACGUGGAUGCAACUAUUUCCGGAUAUAUUCUUGAGACAUUAUGCAAAUAUGGAUUCAUUUUUCGUUAAUGAUUUUUACGAGGGCGACAAGAACAUUACAGCAAAUGUUCGCAAAGAGCUUGCUCUAAAGGAUUGGCAAUUUAUGAUACUUCACUAUUUAGGCUUAGAUCAUAUUGGCCAUGUAGAGGGCUCACACAGUCACAAAAUUUUUGAAAAAUUGCGCGAGAUGGACAAUGUCGUGAAUUAUAUAUCAAGCAGUAAGUUGUUUCAAAAUAAAUUGUUAUUGGUGACUGGGGACCAUGGAAUGCGUAAUGGAGGCAGUCAUGGUGGAAGUGAUAAAGAGGAACUUUAUGUUCCUCUUAUGUUGUUCUCGGACAGAUGCCAAAGUAUGAAACAAAAUUACACUCCUGAAUACAAUCAAAUAGAUAUAACACCUACCUUGGCGAUUUUACUGGGCAUUGAUAUUCCUUUCUCUUCCAUUGGCUGUUUAAUAUCGGAAUUCUUAAUGGAUUACUCAAGGGAGGAACAAUUGUAUUUUUAUUACUAUAACGCUUUGCAUUUGGUGGAGAAGUUUAGAAAUACAUAUACUUUGAACGAAAUUAAGACACAAUCUCUGACAGACUAUUAUUUCUGGUUGGCUGAGGCGGAACUUGAGCACAAACGUUUCCUGGAAAGCAAUGCGGCAAGUAUGCUUUCUUAUGAGAAGGCAAGGCAAAAUUAUAUGCGAGUAUCGAAGAGUAUAUCAAAAUUACUUGGUGACACUUUGGUUAAAUACGACAACGAUUUGAUAUUUAUAUCGUUGGUAUUGACAACACUGGCUGCAAUCCACUUGAUAAUUAACACACUUCUCAAAAUAUUGUCAAAAUCUACGCAGUGGCCACAGUUUGUAAGCGGCCGUGUAUUUUUAAGCGCAAUAAUGUCUGUAGCGAUUAAUUGCGUAGCCCACUUUCUCAACCUAAUUUACUCUAGACAUUUUGUGUAUUCCGCCAUAUUGACUAUUCCCAUAGCCAUAAGCAUUUACUUAGGACUGGAUAUAAUGGAUUUAUUUUUGAAAAUGUUUACGCCCGUUACUUAUAGUCGGAGAUCACAGUUUAAUCUUUCAAUUUUAUGGAUUUUAUUUUCGUUCCUAUUACUGCACACCUUUUCCUUGUCUUCGUCUUCUUUCAUAGAGGAAGAACAUCAGACGUGGUACUAUCUUGCCCCAACACUGUUGGUUUUUCUUGCUAUACAAAACUUUUACAUCAAUGUGAAAAAAGUAUGGAACGCCGGUAGAGAUGUUGUUAGUGUGCUGGUAACGGAGCUGUGGCAUAAUCGCUCUUACGUAUUGGCAAUGCUGUUGGUUAUAUUUUGUCGGCGGCUCAAUCAAACCGGAGACAAAUUUCGUCAUUUAGAGGAUAUUGGUGAUGUCCUAGCCAGAGAGCAAAAUUAUGCCUAUCUCUUGGGGAUAUUUAUCACAGCUUUAAUAUGCCUUCUAUGGACCUUAAACAACUUUAAUACGCGACAAGAAUUAUGGUUUUGUGGACUAGCCUUGUUUUGUGUUUUUCUCUACCGAGAAUGGGGCCAAUACAAUUUUUUGGUUCUGCUUACGUGUUGGAUGAGUUUAGCAGCAAUAACUUUUUUGCACUACCGCAAAAUCUUUUGUAUUAGAAAAAACUUUGCUUGCGAUGUCAAUGACAACUUGGUGCAGUUGUGGGGAUCAAAUUUUACCGUAAUAGUAAUAAUCUCAGCAUUGUUGCACAAGCCACACAAUGUUAUACUUGUACCGGCACUGAUCUAUACCCUAGACAGAAGUUAUACCAUGUGUGAUAAUUUGUAUAUGAAAGCUAAACGACACUAUAAUUGUUUUUACAUAAUGUUUAAAGUGUUCAUAACUAUUUUCAUAGGAAAUAUGUACUAUUUCUUUCAGGGAAAUUCGAAUAGCCUGUCCACUAUUGACUUGAACCCCGGUUACGUUGGCCUCUCCUCCUACAAUCCUUUGGUAGCAGGUUCAUUUAUAACUUUAAACACAUACAGCGCUCCUAUAAUAUCGUUUCUUUAUUUAAUGUGGCACAUGUUUACGACACGAAAAACCUGUUUGCCAACGAACCAGCAGAAUUCAAACGCAUCGUUUUUAAACUCCAAGGACGAUGAUCUGUAUCUAGUGAUAAGCUUAUUUGCAGCUGCCACUGUUAUGCCUGUGGCUGUUUAUUGGCUGUUGUUGGUGGGUUUCCGCCAUCAUUUGUUUAUCUAUUCCGUAUUUGCACCAAAGGCUUUUUAUGAAUGUUUUAAUAUAUUAGUUUUUUAUUUAAAUUUUAUUUUAACAAAUUUGUACUUUAGGCUAUUCCAAUUAAACAAUGAGUGAAACAGUAAAAGAAAACGCUUGUCAUGAGUGAUGAAAAAUGAAACUACAACUAUGUGUUUAUACAAUAAAUAAAAUUUGUUAGGAUAAGUUUAAAUCUAAAACUAUUAAAAUAGCAUUAAAAUGACAAAAGAUGAUUCUAAACUA